GAGGACGAUCGAGAGAUGUAUCAAUUGAAAUAGAACGUUUAGAGAGAGAAUGGACUCAGAUGCUUCAAAAUGUGAAACCUCCAGAGAUGGAUGAAAUCAAUAUGCAAUGCAUUUAUAGGGUACCAGCAAAUAUUCGUCAAAAUAAUCCCAAAGCUUACACACCUCAAAUGGUUUCAAUUGGCCCUUAUCAUCACAAUAGUUUUGGGGCAUCGGAAGAGCUUAAACUGAAAUAUCUCAAGGGAUUUCUAAAUCGAACAGGACUACUUAUGAGAGUAUUUGCUGUCAAAAUUAAAGAGUUGGAAGAAACCAUUCGAAGUUGCUAUGAAGGGCCUAUCCAAUAUAAUAGUGAUGAGUUCUUAAAGAUGAUUUUAGUUGAUGCUUGCUUCAUAAUUGAGCUUUUUCUAAGAUGGCAUAAACUCAGGGAUUGGGUGGAAAAAGAACCUUUGUUCCUACAAACAAGGGUGUUAAUACAAAUUCAGAAGGACUUGCUACUGUUGGAAAAUCAACUUCCAUUCUUAGUUUUUGAAGAACUUUACAACCUCACUGGUAUGAAUGAGAAAUUUCUUGACAUUACUUUCAACUUUUUUGAAAGAAAAAGUUUAGGAAACGUGUGUCCAAGAGAGUCUCCAAAACACUUCACAGAUUUGCUAAGAUGUUCUAUAAUAUCAUCAUCAAAGCUUGGUCUUGGAAAACAGGAAGAAGGCGAAGUUAUUGAACAUGUAUACAGCGCAAGCCAACUGAUGGAGGCAGGUCUUGAGUUCAAAGUCAGUCCAAAUAAAAGCUUCCUUGACUUGACCUAUUCUAAACAUGGAGUUUUGAGCAUGCCAAUCUUUAAUAUACAUGACAGUACAGAACUUCUGUUCAGGAAUAUGAUGGCAUAUGAACAUGGAAACCUUUCUGCUACUAACAUCAUUACUCAAUAUGUAGUGAUUCUAUAUUUUCUUAUCAAUACUGAAAAAGAUGUGAACAUACUUGUUGAUAAGAAACUUAUUGUCAAUUGGACUGGUGAUGCUAAUAAAGUGGUUACAAUGAUUAACAAUCUCACCUCACACCUUAGCAUGCCACAUUUCAAUUCUCACUAUUUCUCCAUCUGCAAAAGCUUAAAUGAAUUCUAUGAAAACCCUCGCAACAAGUACAAGGCUAUCUUCAUACACGAAUACUUCAACACUCCUUGGAAAAUAGCAUCUACUACUGCUGCAAUUAUGCUACUUUUCCUCACGUUUAUUCAGACUGUAUGUUCAAUCAUCACACUCUUUCAUGGUAAUUAAAGAAAGGAUUCAUUAAAUAAGCAACAGUUGGUGAAGAAAGUAUUUUGAUGAUUGUAUUUGAUUGUCUCAUUAUCAGG